UGGGAUUUGGAUCACUCUUCUUCGUCUUCUUCAUCUUCUUCUUCACUACGAAUACGAAUGGAUCUUCUUACGUUUGAUCAUAGUUUUGUGAAGGUCAAUGGAAUCACUAUGCACGUCGCCGAGAAAAUUCCCUCCGUAUCCGUGAACGGAGCUUUCGACGGAGUUAUCAAUCGUCCUCCGGUGAUACUUUUCCUCCACGGGUUCCCAGAACUAUGGUACACGUGGCGGCAUCAGAUGGUGGCACUGUCGUCGUUAGGUUACCGGACCAUAGCGCCGGACUUACGGGGUUACGGAGACACCGAUGCGCCGGAGAGAGUGGACGCGUACACAAGUUUCCACGUGGUCGGAGAUCUGAUUGGAUUGAUCGACGCAGUGGUGGGAGAUGGUGAGAAAGUGUUCGUGGUGGGACACGAUUGGGGAGCAAUAAUCGCUUGGCAUCUCUGUCUUCUUCGACCUGAUAGGGUUAAAGCUCUGGUUAACAUGAGCGUGGUGUUUGAUCCUUGGAAUCCUAAGAGGAAACCAAUCUCCAUGUUUAGAUCUUUCUAUGGAGAUGACUACUACAUCUGCAGAUUUCAGGAAUGUGGGGAAAUAGAGGCGGAGUUUGCUAAACUUGGCACGGAAAGAGCUCUGUUAGAGUUCUUAACAUAUCGUAGUCCUGGCCCUAUUCUCUUACCUAAAGGGAAACGCUAUGAUGAUCCUGUUUCAUUACCCUCUUGGCUAACUGAUUGUGAUGUCAAGUACUAUGUGUCCAAGUAUGAGAAGAAUGGCUUCACUGGACCAGUAAACUACUAUCGUAAUAUGGACCGAACAUGGGAGCUGAUGGGGUCACUAUCAAAAGCUCAAGUGAAAGUUCCGGUUAAGUUCGUAAUCGGGGACCAAGAUUUGACCUAUCACAUUCCGGGCACCAAGAAGUACAUCCACGAUGGCCGGUUUAAGAGCCACGUACCGUUGUUGGACGAAGUUGUGGUAAUUGAAGGCGUUGGUCAUUUUCUCCAUGAGGAAAGGCCUGACGAGAUAAGCAAACACAUCCACGACUAUUUUGGAAGUUUUUAGACCCAAAUUGUAUAUGGAAGAAAUUGCAAUAGUAAAUUCUAGUCACAUAAUCACUGUUAUAUAGUAUCAUUAUUGUUGGAAAGAACAAAUUAACAUGCUACACCAUAUCACAAAGAUAAAAACACUCUUAUAAUAA